AUGGCUACCAAAAUCGAUGGCACAGCCAUUGCUAAGGGCUUCCGCGAGAGCCUUAAGAGUGAGAUCGAGUCGAUCCAGGCUGUGAAUCCUCGCUUCAAGCCAAACCUGAUCAUCUUCCAAGUUGGCGACCGACCCGAUUCCAGCACCUAUGUGCGCAUGAAGUUGAAGGCUGCCCAAGAGGCUGGUAUCCUUUGCACUCUUAUCAAUAUCCCCGAAACCAGUACCGAGUCAGAGCUACUUCAAGAAAUCACGAAGGCCAACAACGACGCUUCUGUCCACGGUAUCCUUGUUCAACUGCCAUUGCCCAGUCACUUCUCGGAGCAUACGAUCACCUCCGCCGUGGCUGACGAGAAGGAUGUCGAUGGAUUCGGCGCUAUCAACAUUGGUGAGCUGGCAAAGCGUGGGGGCCGCCCUCUGUUCACUCCUUGCACCCCGCUCGCGGUGAUGGAGUUGCUGAAGGCCAGUGGGGUCGACCCCGCAGGCAAGGAAGCUGUGGUACUUGGUCGCAGCGACAUUGUCGGCAGCCCAGUCAGCUACUUACUGAAAAAUGCGGAUGCCACUGUGACUCUGUGUCACUCCAAAACCCCUGAUAUUGCCCGGAUUGUCAAGAAUGCCGACAUUGUGGUCGCAGCCAUUGGUAAGACGGAAUUCGUCAAAGGAGAGUGGUUGAAGCCUGGCGCAGUUGUAAUUGAUGUCGGCAUCAACUACAAGCCCGAUGAGACCAAGAAGUCUGGCCAGCGUCUGGUCGGUGAUGUUGACUUCGAGUCGGCUGAGAAGGUCGCCUCAUUGAUCACUCCUGUUCCCGGUGGUGUUGGCCCUAUGACUGUCGCCAUGCUGAUGAAGAACGUGGUGUCUUCAGCUAAGUCAUACUUCGAGAGACAGAAAGACCGCCACAUUAUCCCCCUGCCUAUCCGCCGUCAAAACCCGGUUCCUUCGGACAUUGACAUCUCUCGUGCGCAAUACCCCAAGGCCAUUACUCAGGUUGCGUCGGAGAUUGGCAUUGCCACCCACGAGUUAGAGCCUUAUGGCCACACCAAGGCCAAGGUCAGCCUUGAGGUUCUUGACCGUCUUUCUCACCGCCGCAAUGGACGCUAUGUUGUUGUUUGCGGUAUCACCCCUACCCCUUUGGGUGAGGGCAAGUCUACCACUACUUUGGGUCUGACCCAGGCCAUUGGCGCUCACCUCAACCGCGUCAGCUUUGCCAAUGUUCGUCAGCCUAGCCAAGGACCUACAUUUGGUAUCAAGGGUGGUGCGGCCGGUGGUGGUUACAGCCAGGUCAUUCCUAUGGAUGAGUUCAACAUGCACUUGACUGGUGAUAUUCACGCCAUCACGGCUGCCAACAACCUCCUUGCUGCUGCCAUUGAGACCCGUAUGUUCCACGAAUCCACUCAGAAGGAUGGUCCCCUGUACAAGCGUCUCGUGCCUGCCAAGAAGGGCAAGCGUGAGUUCCAGCCUAUCUGGUUCCGCCGCCUGAAGAAACUGGGCAUCGACAAGACCAACCCUGAUGAGCUCACUGAGGAGGAGAUUCGCCGCUUCGCCCGACUGGACAUUGACCCAGAGACUAUCACUUGGCGUCGUGUCCUGGAUGUGAACGACCGUCACUUGCGUGGAGUCACUGUCGGUACUGCUCCGACGGAGAAGGGCCUCAGCCGCGAGACUGGGUUCGAUAUCUCCGUUGCGAGUGAAUGUAUGGCCAUCCUUGCGUUGAGUAACAGUUUGGAGGACCUGCGGGAGCGUCUUGGUCGCAUGGUCGUUGCCAGCUCUAAGAGCGGCGAGCCAGUCACUUGUGACGAUAUCGGUGCCGGUGGUGCUCUGGCCGCUCUCAUGAAGGACGCUAUCAAGCCUAACCUGAUGCAGAGCUUGGAGGGGACCCCUGUCCUUGUCCACGCUGGGCCGUUCGCCAAUAUUAGUAUCGGUGCUAGCUCCAUCAUUGCGGACAAGCUGGCCUUGAAGCUGGCUGGUACUGAGCCCGACGAGGACCACGAUGCCAAGACCGGCUUUGUUGUCACCGAAGCGGGCUUCGACUUCACCAUGGGUGGUGAGCGAUUCAUGAACAUCAAGUGCCGCUCAUCUGGUCUGCAGCCCGAUACGAUUGUCAUUGUUGCUACUGUCCGCGCUCUCAAGGUGCACGGUGGUGGCCCUGAUAUUAGCCCCGGUGCUGCCCUCCCUGAAGUCUACCGUACUGAGAAUAUCGACAUCCUCCGUGCGGGUUGUGUCAACCUGCGCAAGCACAUUUCCAACGCCAAGCAGUACGGUGUCCCCGUUGUCGUGGCUAUCAACCGAUUCGAUACCGAUACCGAAGCCGAGCUCCAGGUCAUCCGCGAGGAGGCUAUCGCUGCUGGUGCUGAAGAUGCUGUCCCUGCCAACCACUGGGCAGAGGGUGGGGCUGGUGCCGUGGACCUCGCUAAGAGUGUUCUGGCUGCUAGCUCCAAGCCUAAGGACUUCAAGCUUCUAUACGAAUCAACUGGCACCAUCAAAGAGAACAUCGAGGCCAUUGCCCAGAAGAUGUACGGUGCCGCCGCCGUUGAGUUCAGCGAGCUCGCGCAGAAGAAAGUCGACACCUACACAAAGCAGGGCUUUGGCAACUUGCCAAUCUGUAUUGCUAAGACUCAGUACUCUCUCAGCCACGAUCCCGCUCUGAAGGGUGCCCCCACUGGCUUCACCGUUCCUAUUCGGGAUGUCCGUCUCGCCGUGGGUGCCGGAUAUCUGUACGCUUUGGCUGCCGACAUCCAGACCAUCCCGGGUCUGCCCACCGCUCCGGGCUACAUCAAUGUGGACAUUGACACCGAGACUGGAGAGAUCCGUGGUCUUUUCUAA